AACCCGUGGAAUCAGUCAGCAGAGGAGUCUGGUGUUCAUGCAUUGAUUUCUGUUAUGAGAAGACGAAAAAUGGUCUUUACCAGUUUUGCUGGUGGUUUUAAUUGUGUUUUGUGUGUGUGCACUCUGCAGCCUGAAGUCCCACCUGUCCAGCAGCUGGAUGUUGUCGUACAAGGUAAAGUUAUGAAUGAUACCAUCAUAUUGAUGCCAAACUCCUUGGGAUCUUUAUUUCUCACAGAUCCCAAAGCAUUGUGCAGAGCAGGCCAGUGUAAUUAACUGAACCACAGGCAGGCAAAGCAGCUUUCCUGAGCAAGUCCAGUUGCAGAUUUAGGCACAAAACCCAGGAUUCCUGAGUGCCUGUCCAAUGCUCUCUCCAGUUGGACACCCCUCCUAAUAUAGAUGUGUGAAUGGAGUGACAUAGCUUCUUCUGUAUCAUCAAAGGCUUCCUAAAAGGGAGCAACUUUCCUCCUCCUGCUUGGGACAACCAGGAUGUACCCAGUCAGGAGAGAAGGUGUCACCUUGCUGCUCUCUCAGUGCUGGGAGUGACUGUAUUGUUUUCAGAAUGCUCCAGCAUAUCUUCAACCUUCUCUUGUCUGUUCUGUUUGUGAUUCCUCAAAGCAGUUCUAGGGGCUGAUCCCAAGUGCUCACAGUGUCUGUGUGUGUUAGAGAGAGAGAGAGGAUCUUCCAUUUUCAUGCCUUGCAAACGUAACUGGCACUGAACUAUCUGUAGUAAUGGGAGAGACAAAGCUGUCUUUGCCUUCCCAUCCAGUACCACUUCCAAAGGAGGACAAGUCCCUGCCCAACCUCCCUCAACAAGUUGUAGGACUGGGAGAAGAAUUCCCCAGGCUUUUGGGUCCUCAUAGCCAUCUCCUUGCUUGAUGCCCCUGAUUAAAGUCCAGUUUUAAGAUCACUGUUGGGAAAGCAAAACAUAAGAUUAGUCAGGAAGCUCUUCACAGUCCUGUAUUUAGCACACCUCUGUGAGACGGUUAACUCUCCACAUACUGUCUUUCCCCCUCAAGAGCCUCCUGCACCCAAACCAGAGGAAAAGGAGCCUCAAGAUUCUAAAGAGUUGCAAUCCAGCUCAAACCAAAUGUUUGGGAGCGGAGUCAUUAACUGGCUGGUGCAGGGUUUUGAGAAAAUGGUACCUCAGCCAGAGAAAAAGCCUGAGGUCUGUGCUCAGCAGCCCGUUUUAUAUCAACCUGCAAACAGCUGUCAGGAAGCAAAGGAAAAGAAGCCUGAGGAGACUGCCAAAAUAGAAGAACCAAAGCUGGAGCCUAAACUGGAACUGAAGCUGGAGCCCCCACCAAAAGAGAGUGCCAGUGAAUCUUUAACUACAUUAGAGGCAACUGCAGCUAGCCAGCUGGGGCUCGGAGUCUCUUUUUUCCCUCGGGCUCUAGGCAGUGAUGGUAGUAGGAUGCUUGACUGGUUUGUUCAGGAACUGGAGAAGAUGGUUCCACAGCCUGUGAUCAAGCAAGCUGAUUCGGAAGGAGAAGUGGUAACUGCGUGUCCGGUGGAGGAGAUUUGUAUCCUCCCCGAGGAGCAGGGAGAGACCAAACUUGUCAUUGAAGACAUUGAAUCCAAUGAAGUUCUAGAAGAAGUGAAACCUUGCGAUACCGAGAUGGAACUUAAACUGUCUUCUGCUCCUCUCCCUUCAAUUGAAGAGGAAACUCAGGAGGAAGAAGAGAGGGAUGUCUGUGGUGACUGGUAUGUGUGUCCAGCCCCAGAGGUACCUGCAGCUCAGCGGUUGCAGACAUCCUAUUUCCAGAAUGAUAGUGACGAGGAAGAAACCGAGACUGCAAAAUUCCUGCCUCACUCUUGUAUUAUUUUUAAUGAGGACGUGGGUGAGCAUUCUUUUGCAGUAGCUGCUCCAGAUGGUUACCAUAUAGAAGAAGAACAAGUGAUUGAGUUCAGCGCUGCUGCUCCAGAUGUUUGCCAGCCAGAAGAUGACCAGCCAAUUGAGUUCAGUGAUGCUCCAGAUGUUUACCAGAUAGAAGAAGAGCAAGUGACUGAGGUCAAAGACCCAUUGAUAAAGGUGGAAGAAGUGCAAGCAGAACCUGAAUCAGAGCCUGCUGGAAAAGAUACUGAAGAGCCAUCAUCAAUUGCCUACCCCAUUGUCAGCAUCAAGGAUGUGGAUGCCCAAGGUGAGGCUCCAGCAGAAGACACAAGUCACCCUCCUCUGCAGCUACCCUCUGAUAAUGUAUCCCAAAUGCUCACUGUACCCAGCCGGACAGGAUCUAGUAGGAAGAAGCACGAAUCCCAUGAUGACACCCUGGAGGAGCUCACUUUUACCUCUCCACUGCCAUCCCCAUCCAGAGACUGGCAAGGAAGUAUGCCAGAUCACAUGGGUUCACCAACCAGCCAGAGCAGUGCAAUCAUCAAUGACCGGCUGCAGGAGCUAGUGAAGCUCUUUAAGGACAGGACUGAAAAAGUGAAGGAGAAGCUGAUUGACCCAGAUGUUUCUUCUGAAGAUGAAAGCCCCGUGGCAUCCCCUGCCAAGAAAAAGCCUCCAGAACCACUUCCCCCACCCCCUGCUGAAUUAAAACCUGAAGCUGCGAAAGUUGAAGAGGAGGAGCAUUACUGUGAGAUGCUUUGCUGCAAAUUCAAACGCCAUCCCUGGUUUGACACCUUGAAGAAUUACCAGUUCCCAAGUAGCAUAGACCCUCUCACCAAUCUGAUGUACGUGCUGUGGCUGUUCUUUGUUGUAAUGGCCUGGAAUUGGAACUGCUGGCUGAUUCCAGUCCGUUGUACCUUUCCAUACCAGACACCAGAUAACAUCCAUUACUGGCUUCUUAUGGACUAUCUCUGUGACCUCAUCUACCUUCUAGACAUCCUUGUCUUUCAAGCCCGCCUACAGUUUGUCAGAGGAGGAGACAUUAUUUGUGAUAAAAAGGACAUGAGAGAAAACUACAUGAAAACUGAACGCUUCAAGAUGGACUUGAUCUCCCUCAUUCCUCUGGAUAUAUUUUACUUCAAAGUUGGUGUAAAUUCCCUUUUACGUUUGCCUCGCUGUUUAAAGUACAUGGCUUUCUUUGAGUUUAACAAUCGACUUGAAGCUAUUCUGAGCAAGGCAUAUAUUUACAGAGUGAUAAGGACCACAGCCUAUUUACUCUACUGCUUACAUGUGAACUCUUGUCUAUACUACUGGGCAUCGGCAUUUGAAGGGCUGGGUUCUACACACUGGGUGUAUGAUGGGGAAGGAAACAGUUAUAUCCGUUGUUACUACUGGGCUGUCAAGACCCUGAUUACCAUUGGAGGCCUCCCAGACCCUCGAACACUGUUUGAAAUAGUCUUCCAGCUUGUGAACUACUUCACGGGAGUCUUUGCCUUCUCUGUUAUGAUAGGUCAGAUGAGAGAUGUAGUUGGUGCUGCUACAGCAGGACAAACCUAUUAUCGGAGUUGCAUGGACAGUACCAUUAAGUACAUGAACUUCUACAGAAUUCCCAAAGUUGUUCAGAACCGGGUCAAAACAUGGUAUGAAUACACAUGGCAGUCACAAGGCAUGCUAGAUGAAACCGAGCUGUUGGUGCAGUUACCUGAAAAGAUGAGGCUGGAUAUUGCCAUUGAUGUGAACUAUGCUAUAGUCAGUAAGGUGGCGCUCUUCCAGGGCUGUGACCGGCAGAUGAUUUUUGACAUGCUGAAGAGACUCAAGUCUGUUGUUUACUUACCUCAUGACUACGUAUGUAAGAAGGGGGAAAUUGGCCGAGAGAUGUAUAUUAUACAGGCUGGACAGGUGCAGGUGCUUGGAGGACCCGAUGGCAAAACUGUGCUUGUGACACUGAAACCUGGGUCGGUGUUUGGAGAAAUCAGCUUGCUGGCAGUGGGAGGUGGAAAUCGCCGCACAGCAAAUGUUGUGGCUCAUGGAUUCGCUAAUCUUUUCAUUCUGGAUAAGAAGGACUUGAGUGAAAUUUUGGUGCAUUAUCCUGACUCGGAGAAGCUUCUGCGUAAGAAAGCAAAGAAAAUGCUGAAAAACAACAAUAAACGGAAAGAUGAAAAAGGAAUUCCCAAAGAGACGCUCAUCAUUCCUCCAAGACCUGGGACGCCUAAACUCUUCCAAGCGGCUCUGGCAGCUGCAGGAAAGAUGGCAAGAAAAGGAAAGCUUGCCCACAUCAGGUGGAAACUGAAAGAGCUGAAAGCAAUGCAGGAAAUGCAGGAGGCGGCUUCCGCUCCAGUUCCACCAAAAUCACCAAUGCAUCAUCGAUCCCCGUUGGCCUCCCGCCGCAAGUCAGAAGAACAACAAACUGAGGAAGUUGUCACUGUGACAGGAGAUGAUUCAGUCUCUUUCCGCAUGACACCUGCCCCACAAAGUGGGGAACAGAUUCUCACUGUUGAGGUUGUAGAGCCGGAAGAAAAGAAAUGAAAAAAGCAAAUGAUUGUCUCUCUCCUAGAAAACUGCUGCCAUGUAUUUCAGCCCAGCCAAUGUGUCAGAUAGAAGAAGGUUUCUGUACAAUGGCUAGAGGUUUUGCUAACUAAGCUAAUUUGAUAGGCUCUGCCUUUCUUGUGUACUUAGCCCACAACACUACUGUUGAUGAAGCUCUGCCACAUAAUCUAGAAGGGUACACAGCUUCUGCCCUCCAGAAAUCCAAUUUUCUUUAACUCCUUUAUAAGCAUUCCCAGUAAAUACCAUGCCAACCCUCUUGCCUCCAAAUGCAGCCUUACAGUGAGGGAGCCUUGCAGUAAUGAAUACUAGCUUUUUACAGCUCUGAAUGGAUCGAAAGUGUCUACUUACAGUAGACAUCACUGCUGCCGCUUCAGAUAGUCACUGUUAUUUUUAAUUCCAAAUAUGGCUCAGAUUACUAGAAGCAAAGAAUACAAAAACCGAGAUUCCUACCUAUUUUAUUCAAAGAUGUGGAAAUGAUGAAGAAGCCUAGGCAGGUCUGAGGAACAGUAGAGAAAAACAGGGUAACUGAUGUCUCCAUCAAAAAUGGGGUGUCUCUCAAGUUUAGAAAAUAGAUCUACACCAUAGAACACAACAUGGUUUUGUAGACGUAUCAGUAUUUUAAACUGCACAUUUGCAAUUCUUUUAUAUUAUUGGGUUGGAUCUUAGUCACUUUGCCUAUAGUGAUCAGUAGGGACCUACUGAAUUCAUGGUGGGAGCGGGGUGCAUUGUGGCUCCUUUAAUCUUGCAGGUUCCCCCCUGCUCUCCUCCCCACCCACUGAUUGGUGAAGGGGUCCUGCUAGCGGCUCACUCUUACUCAGCGGGGAGGAGAAAACUGUGGUUUUAAAUGUGGUGCUGUUUUUGCCUCCCGCCACUAAUUGGCUGAGGGCCCCCAGAUGGCCCUGCUGUUUGCUGCUGACUGGUGGGGAGGCAAAAACAGUGCCAUAUUUAAAACUGCAGUUUUAGCUUCCCUGUUGACCAGGAAGGAGCAGCAGGGUCCUUCGCUAAUCACUAGCAAGGGGGUGGGGGGCUAGGCAAGAGGCAAGGUGUAUGCAAGGGAACAUGCAAGAUUAAAGGAGCCACCACACACUCUGCUUCUGCUGUGAAUUCAGUAGGUCCCUAGUGAUCAGGCUGCUGCUUUGAAUAAUGCUUAUUAUUGCAAUUCUGUGCUUGUCAUCUCUUUAGUUAACUUUUCAACCAACUGAAAGUACUGUGUUUAGGACAGGCUAGCAAAAGUUAGCUUGAAUCAUUCUGUGAACAUGCAAUGUAGUUAAUCCAAAAUACCUUGUUAGUUACCUAGGUUAGCAAACAUUUAAGCAACUUUUGGGCUUUCUAAACAUUUCCAUUUCCAGCGAGUAAGGAAAGAUUCCAGUGUAUAUUCUAAGUUGUAUUUCACCGUAAAUUAUUUUUUCUAAAUAUAGAUGCAGAUGGAAGUCUAUCCCAGUAAGCCAGCCCUCAAGGAAAUAAAAUUAAACAAAGGUUUGCUAAGCAUUCAAAUUGCCCUCCUAAAUCAGACCCCUGCUUCAUCUAUUCUGUUAUUCUAGCUUUGACUGCCAUGUCAUCCCUAGGAAUUGAAGAACUGAGGCAGUCUAAUGUACUGUUUGGAGAGUUUGGGGAAUGAUAGUGUGGGACUGAGUUUCAAGUCUAAGAAACUAAAAGGUAGAUUUCUCUUGGUUUCUUUACAGCAAGCAUAACUUGUUACAUAUACUACUACACUAUAUGUCAAGAAACAGGUUCUGUUUUGCUAGCUGGAGAUGGGUGCGGUAAGGGCGAGUUAAAAAAUACAGAAACCUGAGUCCCUACACACACGCACACAUGCAUGCACGCACGCACGCACACACACACCCACCCACCCACCCACCCCCCUCUACCUAUUUUCAAAUUCUGACCAACAAAAGAAAAAGUGACGAAGCUUUUGUGAACAGAAACUUCAUGUCUCCCUCAAUCAAAUUCCUGCUUUCCUGUAUGCUGUGCUGUGCAUACUUAGCACUGGUCUAAAAAAAUCCAAGAAGCUCCCCCUUGCUUGUUUUUAUAUCUCAUGUUAGUGCUUCCUCUCCAACCUGCUCCACAAUUAGGUUCAGCCAUUUCCACUGUUCCUUGUGGAUAUCCAUUGGCCUCUCUCUGACUCGCUUGUCUGAGUUUAGCUUGUUUCCCAGUUUAGUUCACCUGGCUCCACUGCUCUAGGUUCCCUGAGUUGCUGUCUGAUUGACUCAGAACUUGAGUCAGCUCCAGCCCCUAAUUAGUAGAGGGUGUUGUUUUACCUUUAGGUAGAUGGGAUGGGUGGGUGGGUGAGUCAGGACUUGUCUAUCCUAUGGCAAUAGUGCAUCGUGGCCAGAAUGGGCCGGAGCACAUCCUGCCCAAUUGUACCCUCCCUGCAGGAACACUCCAAACCCUUGAAGUUUGCUAGUGAGAUUGAUCAUAGGCAUCCCUUUCGAGGGUGCUUGCAAGCCCUCAGUUUUUGGCAUGUUUGAGAAAGGCUCCAGCAUUGAUCCUGGAGAGCAACUCCCUUUCCAUGCUCCAGUCUGGGGUUGCCCUUCCACUUCCUUGUGAAUACAGCAAGGCAAAACUUAAUGGACAAAAACUUUUUUUUGCAAGUUGAAGCAACAACAAAACCUUCCCUGAAUUCUAGGUUUGACUGAAUAAUUUGCUUAAAAGGAACACCAAGAAAUACCUCCCUUUUUAAAAUGUUGUCUCUUGACACUUGAAAACUGACAGGUUCUGAUAGUCAUUUGGAUGCAAAACACAAUGUUUCUAACAUUCCUUCAGGUUUAUUUUUAAACAAUUAAAAACUUCUUGAAAGUUGGAAAAAAUCA